ACGCUCUAUAUAUACAUGUGUGUGUGCGCGCGUGAAGUGCUGCUCUGCUGCUGCAAGCAAGCAAGUGAGGCACAGAUAAAAAUAAUACAAUAAUGUCGUUGCUAGCCGCGACUUUUUGUCGAAAUUCGUGCUGCGUUAAUAGACGUAUCGACGACGAAAUCGCGACGACGACGAUGAUGAUCCGGCCAGUAUAGUCACAUCCGCGAUAAUGAAAAGCUAGACGAAGAGAGAGAGGAAUAAAAGGAGCAGCAGCAGCAGCAGAAGAAGGUGGAGAUUUCGUCGUCGUCGUCGUCUCUCAUGGGAUCAUCCAGUGUGUGUAUGUAUACACAUGUAACUCAUAAUAGGCCACAGCCUAGAGAGGAUCAAGAACUCGCGAGCGCGAUGUCGUAGUGUGUGCCAAUGUAUAUCGACGCUGGACUGAUGUCAUGAUCUGCCACUCGUUAGUACAAAAACAAUGCUCAAGUCUGUUUGUGUAUCAACACAGUUAUUAUUGCCUUAAUCUUGCCUGUUAAGUCAUUGAUCGAUCAAUGCAAAAUGAUUCGAGUCGACGAAGAAGUGGAGUUAAUUGGGAAUUGCUGGAAAGAAUGCGCCAGUUGGCUGGUGAGAUGUGGUGCUUUGCGAGCUGAUCAUAAAGCCAAUUGCGUUACAGCGACAGUUGUGGAUUUGGCUCGUAUCCUCAGAGAUGGAGUUCUUUUGUGCAAUCUAUUGAAUAAUGCUGAGCCAGGCUGCAUAAACAGCAAGGACGUCAGUCAAAAACCUCAGCUGGCACAGUUCUUAUGCUUCAGAAAUAUCAAUGCAUUUUUAGCAGCUUGUAAAAAUGUUUUUGGUUUAUCGGAGUCUGAUCUAUUUGAGCCAUCGAUGCUCUACGAUCUGUCCAACUUUCAUCAAGUUUUAUGCACUCUAUCAGCCCUGUCCAACUCUUCUAGGUUCAAAAGUAAAAAUAUUGAGGGUUUUAACGUGAAACGAGGCCAUUCUCAAGAGGAUAUAUAUAAAGAUUUACAAUCAGCUGGAGUUGGACGGGUCAGCGAGGCGAGGGUCCGUCACUAUCGUCGCCGCGAGGCCGAGGACGUAGCCGAUGGCCUGGAUACAGCGACCGGCACCACCACCACCAACGGCAGCAAUAGCCGAUUCGGCAGCCUCGACAGUCGAGCCAGUCAACGCGGCCGCAGCAGCAACAACCACAAUCAUCAUCAUCAUCAACAGCAGCAGCAGCAGCAGCAUCAACAGCAUCUGCAUCAACAGCAGCAUCAGCAUCAGCAGCAUCACUCGAUGGGCAGGAGGUUUCAUCGGGACGUCGAUCACGUGAACACGGGGCCCGUCGAGGAGGAGGACGGCUACGGCGACUUCUACAGCCACCAGAGGAGCGAGCAGAUCUAUCACGAUCUCUGUAGUCUGCAAUUGCCGCAGUUACCGAUCUCGCAGGGAGCGGCAGCGACCUCGGCAACUGGCGGCGAGAAGCGCGACUACGUCAUCCAGGAACUGGUCGAGACGGAGCGCAACUACUCCGAGGUCCUGAACAGUCUGCUGAAGCACUUCGCCAGGCCGCUGUCGGGUCGCUUCCAGCCCGAGGACACGGCGCGCAUAUUCUUCGGCAUCAAGGAUCUGGCGGAGAUACACGCGGGCUUUCACAGCCAGCUGCGCAAGGCCAAGGGCGGCGCCGCCCUCGGCCAGGUCUUUCUCGACUGGCGAGAAAAGUUUCUCAUCUACGGCGACUACUGCGCGAAUCUGACCACGGCCCAGAGCACCCUGAACGACGUCUGCUCGCACAACGAGGCGCUCAAUCAGGAAGUUAUCAGAUGCCAGCAGGAGGCCAACAACAACAAAUUCAAGCUGAGGGACAUACUGUCGGUGCCGAUGCAGAGGGUGCUCAAGUAUCAUCUGCUGCUCGACAAGCUGGUCGAGGAGACGCCGCGCGAGUGGCUCGAGGACCGCAAGCGGCUGGUGCAGGCGCGCGACGUCAUGGUCGACGUGGCGCAGUACAUCAACGAGGUGAAGCGCGACUCGGACACGCUGGACAUCAUCAAGGACAUCCAGUGCUCGAUCACGGACUGGGAUCGGGCCGAGGACAUACAGCUGAGGGACUACGGCCGACUGAUGAAGGACGGCGAGCUCAAGGUCAAGGCGCACUCGGAUCAGCGCAUCAAGGCCCGCUACGCCUUCGUGUUCGAGCAGGUGGUGCUGGUGUGCAAGGUCGGCCGCGGCGAUCAGUACUGCUAUCGCGAGACGAUCAAGCUGGACGAGUACCGGGUCGAGGACCAUCAGCAGGCCCAGCAGCAGCAGGGCCGCAACGCCAUCAAGACGACCCUCGGCCGCGACUCGCGCUGGUCCUACCAGUGGCUGCUCGUGCACAAUCAGGGCUGCAAGGCCUACACGCUGUACGCGCGCACCGACGAGCAGAAGCAGAUCUGGAUGAAGGCGCUGCAGGACGCCAUGGACAAUCUGUCGCCCGCGGCCUGUCGCCAGACCGAUCACAAGUUUCGGCUGACCACCUUCGACAGCGCGCGCAGCUGCGAGAGGUGCGGCAAGUUCCUCAAGGGCCGCAUAUUCCAGGGCUACCGAUGCGAGACCUGCCGGCUGGCCGUGCACAAGCAGUGCAUCGUGCACUCGGGCAGGUGCAUGCCCGUGCCGCCGCCUCCGCCACCCCCGCCGCCGCCGCCGCCGCAGCCGUUCGAGCGCGAGCUAUCUGCAAAGCUCUGGUACGUCGGCGAGAUGGGCCGCGAUCUUGCCACGCAGAAGCUGGAGGCGCGCGAGGACGGUACGUACAUGGUGCGCGCUCGUCCACCCCAGGCCCAGCCGAGGCUCAAGAACGAGACCAAUUACGCUCUCAGUCUCAAAGCCGACGGCACGGUGAAGCACAUAAGAAUCUUCAAGCGCGAGGUGGACGGGGCCGACCUGUACUUCCUGAGCGAGUCGCGCUUCUUCAAGAGCGUGGUCGAGCUCGUCGAGUACUACGAGCGCGUGUCGCUCACCGAGAACUUCGAGAAGCUCGAUCAGCGCCUGCAGUGGCCCUACAGGCGCAUACUGGCCAAAGCACUGUUCGACUUUCAGGGCGGCGAGCGCAACGAGCUCAGCCUGCAGAAGGGCCGCCGAGUCGUAGUAUUAAGCAAGGAGGGCGAUGCCAAAGGUUGGUGGAAGGGCAAGAUCGGCAAUCAGGUCGGCUUCUUCCCCAAGGAGUACGUCGAGGAGGAGUAGUUAAUAGUAGAUAUGCUAAUUUUUAAGUAAUAUAUAUAUAUAGUGGAGCAGAAGAGUGACACAAUGCCAUAUGAAUGCCCGCAGUCGUGACGUAUAUUAACUGUAUACAUAAACAAAAACAUAUUAUAUAUUUAUUGUGACAAAUCAAAGCGCUUGCGAGACUCGCGAGUUUCGGCGUCCGAGUAGAUAGUUUCGAAUUGACGAAAAAAAAAAAUAAUAAUGAAAACAAAAAGAAAAAGCUAUUAUAUAAACGUGUUAUAUAUUAGAUUAUUAUAUUGUAUACAGAAUGUGACAAUGUAAUACCUCCAAUCUAGUGAGUGCAAUCACACGAUGCUUUCCUUCGAUAUAUAUUUUUUAUUCAUUUUAUCGCGUUUAUGUGGAUUGUAAUUGUGCGUUUAGUCCGUAAGAUAAUAGAUAGUUUUGUCAAAGUUCGAUGGUCGAAUGUGAAUGUUGGAAUGUUUAACGCUUCUGUCGUGUAUAUAUGUGUGUUAAUCGUUUGCGCUUUCGUCAAGUCCGAGCAUAAUCCUUUGACUCCUAUACGGUCGAUGAGAAAUGGAAAUAUCCAAAAAUCGACGAUGUCAGGUACGAAUAACGAAAUCAAUUUUUUUACACGACAGAUAGCGAAAUCGUCGAUUUUUAUUAUUCGAUUAUUGAGGCGUAGAUUU